AUGAAAUUUAAGUACCCCGACGAAAUCACUUCAACUCCUCUCUGGAUUCGUCAUAAACUACCUGUGCAUGCCCCACUGCCACCAAAUGAAGAUGCAGAUUUAUGCCGAUUGAUUGCCUCACAAAAUGCUGGUUUAAGUGGUGAGAUGAUAGAGCACUAUGUCUCUCAAGAACGUGCUCGUUUGAAUCUUAAAUGGUGUCUCGAUGAAUUUUUUGGCUUUAAUGUCGAUAAACCCGUUUUAGGACAACUUGUUGUCGCUAAUGUUUUUGGUAUUGUUCAUCUUGCUUAUAUUAUUGAAAUUCAUUCUACCCAUCUGAUGGUUCUCUCUGCUAAUACUCUUGCAGAAACUUUUCUGGUGAAAUAUGAUGAUAUUUAUCGUGGUGAAUAUAGCCCAUUCUAUGAUAAUUUUUUAUUGAAUCAACGCAGUCUUCAUCCACAACAUGUUCUUGAUUACGUAUUUAACUCCAAAAUUACAGUUCACUUACAGUCAGACAAUGUCACUAUUCCUAAUACGUUAUCUCUGGAUCAAUAUAUCGAUCAUUAUUUAGAAAUGGAAUGGCCAGCAGGUGAUGAAACAUGGGAUUUUCCGGAAGAAAUCUCCCAAUGUGAUGAACAAGUUCUUUGUGGUGAAAAGUCGUUAUCAAACAGUUUGAUUUCUUACGUUAUGAAAUACCCAAUGCUUCAGACAGUAUCUUCUAUCGAAUGCGUCGCAACUACCUUUAUUUCAAAUGUAAGUGAGCAUCAGUUAUUAAUUGAUCAGAAUUCAACAGAAGAAAAUGCAUCUUCCCUGUCAUAUCUGAUGUUACAAUAUGCCUCAACACAACAAGUUGUCACUGAUAAGUCAGUCUACACUGAAAAUGCGUUUCACUGGUUUAAUUUGUUACAUAAAACUUCAUUGCCACAUAUAUUAUUGGAUUGGGUCAGCAUUAAUUUAACUAUUUUUCUUUUGAUGCGUAUGAUUUUUAUAAUUCACGAUAAUCAUCUUUCUUAUCUUACUAGCAAUAAUCAGUUUUACACCGACAAAUUAAUAUCAUCGCAUAAAAACGAUUUUGAAUGGUUUCGUUCCUUAGCAGUACCCUAA